CUUUGACCAAUCAGCUUUAGGCUCGCUCAUGACGUCACAUAUCUUUCCUAUGUUAUGCAAGUAACUUUUUAAACUUCAAGGAUCAUCUGAAGUGCAUGGAGUAAUUUCUUGGACUUUUGUUUAUAAUUGUUUUUGCUGAGAGCGACGUUAAGUGAAUAACACUGACCGAAAUCGAUGUCCUUUUUCUUCCCCAUUAAUUUCUAUAAAAAACGAAAACGGAACAUAGAGACAAAAAAGACGUAACUCGAAAACAAGAAAGAAAGUGAGAUAGUUUUGCAGCCAUGGAGGAACAAGUCAGAUAUUCCAUGAUAAUUGAUCUCAAACAGCAUGCUGCUGAUGAGAGCAAAAAUCUCGAAGAUAUCUACAAAGUACUAGCUACAGAUGUAAAAAAUGAAGAAGAAGUAAAUGUAGCACCGGCUAUUGAUACUUCGGACAGGAACAUUGUGAAUUUGGGUGAUGUGAGAAGAAAUAUUCCGGACGGACGCCACACAUACAAAAAUCUCUUACAUGGCAAUAAUGAAGACAUUUUGAAAUUGCUUGAACAUAGAAUGCAAUAUCCAGAUACGGCUGUCGUCCUCAAGGAUGAGCUAUGUCUUGACGAUGGUUAUUUGCCCCAAGGAAGUUUCACUCCCGGAGGAUUUGCUACAUCCGUUGAUUUGUGCCUUGACAUCCGAAGUGCUCGAAACUUUGUCAGGAAAGAAAUAAAAGUGAGCAAAUUCAGAGCAAGAGAGGUAGAACACCUAUGUCGGCUGAACUGCCAUAACAUUUCCAAAAUUUUGGGGUUCUGUGUCAAAAGUGACCGCUAUGAGAUUCUCCUAGAAUAUUGUGGUUUAGAUCUGCAUUCUGCUAUGCAAAUGGAAUGGAAUUUGAUCAUCGAUGAACAGCUGGACAGUUUCAUAACUCAGAUUGCUGAAGCAAUUUACCACUGUAAUCAUCAGAAUAUCUUUCACCUUGAUAUCAAACCCCAGAAUGUUUGUGUCUAUGCUUUUCAAAACUGCAUCAAACUAAAACUGACUGAUUUCGGGGCAUCAAAGGAUGCCAACAGCGAAUUUUUCAGUGAAGGUGUUACACUAAUGUAUGCAGCUCCUGAAAUCCACUAUGAUUGUUGCAAGAAAUUCCUGUUACAUUGUGACAGAAAUUCUGGAAAAUACCAAGAAGUUUUGGACAUGACUCAGGAUUUCUGUAAGAACUAUCAUACAUGUUCAGUGACAGAGAAGUGUGACCUUUUCUCUGUUGGUUUGGUUUGUCUGUUCAUUAAGUGGCACAAUGACCCAUGGAAGUUGUUGUUGAAACAAGUCAAGUACGGCAUACCAAAAAUGUAUUCUCGUUAUCCGGAUAUAAUGAAGAGCUUGGUUGAUGCAUGGGGGAGUUUGGCUUCCUUAAUAAGCAGCUUAUUGACUGGAGACCCUUCAGAGAGGUGUUCUGUGAAUGACAUUUUUGUAUUCAUGAAGAAAUUGAGCGACAAAAAACAUGAAAUGGAUGUUGCCAAUUGUAGACAGGUGAUAAAUGAGGUGAAUGCCGUUCAGCCAACUGAGGAAGAAAUGCAGAUUUCACCAAAUAUUCCAAAUAUGGAUUUACUUUUCUAGAAGCAAAAUCUUAACACCAUAGCAUCCGGUUCAGUUACUCUAGCUAAUUGAUUGCUUGUUAGAUGAUAAAACUCGGUCUUCCUUUUUUAUACAAAUGGAGUCUUUGUGAAGAUAUACAGCAUCCCACAGACUCUAUUAUUUGUAUUUCUUCUCUCUGUACACUAAACAAUUAAUUCAAUAAUUCAUUUAUAGUUAAGACAAGAAGUUACACACUUUCUCUUAACAUUGCAAUGGAAUGCUGAUGUUGUUCGUGGUUUCCGGAGAUGUUGCUGUCUCUGUUUUUCUGCUCCUCAUUGCAAAUAUCAGUUACAUUUUCUGAAAUUUUAAAAACUAUACGGUUUAUGAGGUUCUUUGUUUUCUUUUUUUUUUCUUUUUUUUCUCUUCUUCAAUCUCCAGAAUGACCAAACUUCGUCAUUCGUUAACAUUUUACCCGUUACAGUCUCCUGGUAAAGUUAUCACUUUGCUUUCUUCUAACAUUGAAUCUCAGUUUAAAACCCUUUCAUUAAUCAGAUUCCUCUGUCGAAUGCUAUCCGUAUUCAUUCACAAUUGUUUGGAAUUAAUCAUGCAUUAUCAUAGCUUCAAGAUUUCAAUGACAUGAUUGUUUAUUUUUAGAAUGACAUUGUAGGAUAGGUAUGAGAGGCCAGAUCUGGCCAGUUUAACCCUUUAGCCUUCAGAUUACUCUGUCAAAUGCUUAUUUAUUCACAUUGUUUUGGACUAAUCAUGCAUUAUCUCAUAGCUUCGUUAUUUCAGUGAUGUGAUUGUGUUUUCUCAGAAUGAUAUUGUAUUGCAGGUUUAGAAUGCUUGAUUUCAACAGUUUAAACCUAAAACUGGUGGAAUAUUUGGGUUGGAUAGGACUGAUUUAAAUGCUAAAGGGUUAAGAAAUUAAUAUAAAUAAUAAGUUGCUCUGUGGGUUUAUUUCCAUUGUUAACUGCUGUUAGUUAUAGAUAGAGCCAAGCUUUAUUAGGAUAUAAGUCUUCAGAAAAAGUAAACGUAUCCAUUUCUUCUCUUUCACGAAAAGGUGAUGUAAUACAACUUAAAUCUUUCAAAUAUUAAAUGUAAACUUUCAUCAAAGUGUGACAUCAAAGUACACACUCUGUAAUACAUUGUGACAUCACAGUACACACCUAUAACAUACUGCGAUGUCACACUGCCUGCUGUAACACCCGAUGUCACAGUACGACCUGCAUCAUUGUGACGGUAGCAUACAGGCUGAGACACAUAGCAAUGUAAAAAUCAUAGUACCAGCAUAUGUGACAGUGUGAUGAUACAAUCACUGUACAUCGUAACACUGAUAACACUACAUACUGUAACAUAGUGAUGUCACAGUCACAGUGCAGUGCAGUAAAUGUUGUAACAUUUGAGAUGUCACAGUACAUAUUGUAACAUUGCAAUAUCGCAGUACAUGUAACAUAAUAAUGUUACGCUCACAGUACAUUGUGACAUUGCAAUAUCACAAUCCAGUACAUAUAACGUUGUGAUGUCACAGUACAUAGUAACUUUGCAAUGCCAUGGUAUAUGUAACACAUUGUGACAUUACAACAAACAAUAUGUAACAAGUGAGGCCACGCGCUGGCAGAAUUGUUAGCACACCGGGUGAAAUGCUUAGUGGUAUUUCGUCUGCCUUCACGUACUGAGUUCAAAUUCUACCAAGGUCGACUUUGCCUUUCAUCCUUUCAGGGUUGAUAAAUUAAGCACCAGUUGCAUUCUGGGGUCGAUCUAAUCGACUGGCCUCCUCCCCAAAAAUUCUUGGCCUUGUGCCUAGAGUAGAAAAGAAAAUAUGUAACAAGUGUGAUGGCCUUUGGUUUAAAACAGUGGAAGCUUCUACAAUUUAAAUGGCUGUUAUUUAGAAGAAAAAAAAAACAUUGGCCUCAAAUUUCAAGGAUUUUCAUAUCCUCCAUGUUUGAAUCUUAGCCUCUUUUUCUUUCUCUCUCUCUUCUUUUCCCCCUCCUUUUUUCUGUAAACACUCAUCUUCUUUCCCACUCUCUGUGACACGGAUGUUUUUGUUUCCUUUUCUGUCUCUCUCUCUCUUUGUAUUCUAUUUUUUUGUCUUACAGAGUACUUGGUGCCAUGUAAAAUAGGCACCCAGUAUGCUCUGUAAAGUGGUUGGCAUUAGGAAGGGCUGCCAACCAUUGAAACUAUACUAAAACAGACAAUGGAGUCUGGUACAGCUCUCCAGCUUUGCCAGCUCCUACCGAACUGUCCACCCCAGCGUGGGAAACAGACAUUGAAUGAUGAUGAUGGGGAUGAGUUGCUUGGGAAGACUGGGAACCGACACCUUUCGGCCCCUGUUAGAAAACAGGGGCCUCAGAGCUCCGAGUAACA